AUGCGACUCAGGAUGUACAGUCACAUGAUCCAGCGGGAUCCUUUCUGUAACAUUUUACGAUACGUUGUCACCGCGACUUCCCAUCUGCCCAGGUCUAAGAGAACAAUAUUUUCUUUUUCAGACGACAGGAAGUGGUAUGAAUUCCCGUCUCCGAGCAGUCAGGAGAGCCGGCCGUGCAACAGGAAGGGGCACAGUGCUGUGGUGUACCGGGCCGCCAUGUUCAUCUACGGGGGAUAUUUCGAUAUCGAGGGCGCGGUGGAGGAAUUCUGGGUGUUUUAUUUUGACACCCAGAAAUGGUCAGCGCUAAGUCCACGCACACGGGGCCUCGGUCCGGGACCUCGCCAUGGCCACUCCAGUGCCACACAUAACUCUGCAAUGUACCUGUUUGGGGGAUUAAAGAAUAUGGCUGAGCAAAAUGACUUCUGGAGGUUUGACUUCCGCCGACACAACUGGUCCAACAUCAAAACCAGCUCCGGCCCCCCUAAGCUAGUAGGCCAUGCAUCAGCUGCCCACCAGGGCUGCCUAUGGGUCAUCGGUGGAGGACUACCGUCACGCAGCCCCACCAGUAACUUGUGGAAAUACGACUUCGCCUCCUGCUCUUGGAAGAGGAUAUCCCGUGGAAAAGAACACAAUGGCUGUGCCAGGAUGUACCACUGCAUCGUCCCAUUGGAUUGGCGCUCCCGGCUGGGAACGGGAAGCUCAGAUUCUGGACUUGACAGGAGCUCUGAAGGCGAACAACCCAACAAACUCCAUUCGUUUCACUCCUGGGGUGCCAACAAAGUGUCCACCAUUCCUAUCUCGGAUGUUAUAGAGAUGAAGCCUCUGAAAGAUCACUCGUCCAGCCCUUUGUUCUGCUCCUGUUCAUCGUCCGCUGACCAAACAGAUGAGCACCAAGUCCUCACUGCCUAUGAGAACAAAUGCUUCUCCUACUCCGGGGAGGAAAACUGAUGCAGAUCAUUGCCAGAUGGGCUCCGAUGGCCAGACUCUGCCAGCAAAGGAGAAUGUCUUCCUGGUCAUAGGUGGGAAGCCUUUAUCCAGACACUGCGAGAUCUCUGUAUCACAUAUCCAGCUGGAGUAG